UGUAAUACGGGUAUCGUGUGUUGGACAAUGACACGGACACAUGUCGGACACGACAAGGGUGUGGGGUGACCGUGCUUCAUAGGUGAAAGUACAGGUCAAUGAGUUGCGAGGAAGGAAGGAGAUCAGAAGGGCAACUUGGGAAAAAUGAGGAAAAAAGGAAAAAAAAAUUGACCUUCCAUUAAAACAUUAUUACAUCUAACGAUUAAAAAAAGUUUCCAAGUUAGGGGACCUACCAAUGUUUUCCAUGGUAGAAGCUGUCAUUUAAAGUGUGACACUUUUUUCUAUUGGUAAAUUACAAUGACAAUCUCAUUGGCUACACUCCUGUAACUUGCUCAACAAAUACUAAAGAAUGACCAAGGAAAAGUCAAGGUCUUCUUCUUGAAGGACACAGAAAGCUUAAUUUCCUCUCAUCUCUCUCACCCUCUCAACACAUAGCAAUAGCAGCUAGACUAAGAUGGAGACAAUAGCAAAGGAUAUUGCAGUGCCUUUGGCUGCUGAGCAUUUGCUUCCACGCUUGAAGAAAGCACUGAAUGCGGUCAUGAACGUCCCAAAAGAUGUUGCUGACAUGAAAAACAAACUUGAUAGGAUUCAAUCCAUCAUUCAUGAUAAAGAGAAGAAGGCUGCAGAUGAAGAAGGCAACUCGCGUUUUCGAACCAAGGCAGAGGUGAAACAGCUGGUGGAAACAUCGUUUCACAUGGAAGAUAUUAUUGAUGAAUGCACCAUCGUUGAGGAAAGGCAGCUUCCUGAUGAUGAUGGAUGUGUAGCUCUACCUUGCAAGGCCGUUGAUUUCGUCAAAACUAAGGCCUCUUGCCUUCAUUUUGCGUAUAUGAAUGAGGGAGUUGAAUCAGAAUUUGCUGCAAUGAAGGACAAAAAUGAGAGCGAGUUUGUCUCCCAAGCGCAUCCUCCUGGAGGAAACCAAAACUCCAUGUUCCGUAACCUUCGAGAUGCUCCUCUUUACAUCAAGGAUGAUGAAGUUGUGGGCUUUGAUGUCGCAAGAAAAGAAUUGAUUGGUUGGUUAGAUAGUGACAGAUCAGAGCGCACAGUCAUCUCUGUGGUAGGAAUAGGAGGACAAGGAAAAACAACUCUUGCCAAGAAAGUUUUUGACAAGGUGGCUGAGAAGUUCAAACGCCAUGCAUGGAUCACAGUGUCUCAGUCCUACACAGAGGUAGGACUGUUGAGGGACCUGUUGCAGGAGUUGCGCAAAGAAAACAAGGAGAAUCAUCCACAAAAUCUUUCUACAAUGGAUCGGAAGUCACUGAGAGAUGAAGUCAUAAACCAUUUGCGCGACAAGAGGUAUGUUGUUGUGUUUGAUGACGUGUGGAAUACAAGUUUUUGGGAUGACAUGGAAUUUGCUUUAAUAGAUGAUAAAAUAGGAAGUAGGGUCUUUAUCACAACCAGAAACAAGGAGGUUCCAAAUUUCUGUAAGAGAUCUGCCAUUGUUCUUCAGCAUGACCUGCAACCUUUAACUCUUGAACAAUCUUUGAAUUUGUUUUAUAAAAGGGCAUUUGGAUCUGACUUGGGUGGACGUUGUCCAGAUCAUCUUAAGGACAUAUCCGCUGAAAUGGUUAAAAAGUGUGGAGGUUUGCCACUGGCAAUUGUGGCCAUUGGUGGUCUUUUAUCUCGCAUAGAAAGAGAUGCAACCUGCUGGAAAAAGUUUAGUGAAAAUCUAAGCAAAGAACUAGAGGAUGAUCUAUCUCCUGUGACGAAAAUUCUGAGUUUCAGUUAUCAUGAUUUGCCUGACAAUCUCAAACCAUGCUUCUUGUAUUUUGGAGUAUAUCCAGAAGAUUAUGAAGUUGAAAAUGUAAGAUUGAUUCGACAAUGGGUAGCUGAGGGAUUCAUCAAAUUUGAAGCUGAUAAAACUUUAGAGGAAGUUGCAGAACAAUAUUUAAGAGAGUUGAUUCAGAGAAGUUUGGUUCAAGUAUCCUCAUUUACUGGUGAUGGAAAACCUAAAUUUUGUCGUGUUCAUGAUUUAGUACGAGACAUGAUCCUUAAAAUUGCUGUAGAUUUAAGUUUUUGUCAUUUUGCCAGAGAGAAUGAGAAUCUGUCAGAGAGUGGGAUUAUCCGUCGGCUAACAAUAGCAUCUGGUUCCAUCGAUUUGAUGAAAAGUGUUGAAAGCUCUAGCAUUCGAUCUCUACAUAUUUUUAGAGAUGAAUUAUCAGAAUCCUAUGUGAGUAGUAUCCUUAUGAAGAAGUACAGGUUUCUAAAGGUACUUGAUUUUGAAAAAGCUGCAUUGUUUAAUUGUGUUCCAGAACAUUUGGGGGAUUUAUUCCUUUUGAGGUACUUAAGCUUCAGAAACACAAAGCUAAACGAUCUUCCAACAUCAAUUGGUAUGCUCCACAACCUAGAGACCUUGGAUCUAAGGCAAACUAUGGUGCGCAAGAUGCCAAGAGAGAUUAACAAGCUUAAAAAACUAAGACACCUUCUAGCUUAUGAUAUGUCUAAAGGGGUUGGGUAUGGGCUUCAAAUGGAGAACGGAAUUGGAGACCUAGAAUCUCUACAAACACUACGUGAAGUGGAAACAAAUCAUGGUGGAGAAGAAGUAUUUAAAGAGUUGGAAAGACUUACACAAGUAAGGGUUCUUGGCUUGACCAAUGUUCAGCAAGGAUUCAGAAAUGUUCUGUACUCCUUGAUAAACAAGUUGCAGCACAUGGAGAAGCUAUACAUUGCUGCAAUAGAUGAACAUGAAGUCAUUGAUUUGAAUUUUAUUGUAUCUGAGCUUGUAUUUCAGAAUAGUCAAUUACAGAAGGUUCGUCUUGUAGGGAGGUUAAAUGGGUUCCCAAACUGGGUUGCCAAGCUACAAAAUCUUGUUAUGUUGUCCUUGUCACACUCCAAGUUAACUGAUGAUCCAUUGGGAUUACUUAAAGAUCUACCAAAUUUGUUGUGCCUCAGUAUCCUUUACUGUGCAUAUGAAGGGAGCUGUUUGCAUUUUCCAAACGGGGGGUUUCCAAAGCUAGAACAAAUAAUAAUCAGACGCUUGUAUAAGUUGAAUUCCAUCAGUAUUGAAAAUGGAGCAUUGCCUUCUCUCAAAAAGUUGAAGUUAGUUAGUAUCUCCCAACUGACGGAGGUGCCUUCUGGUGUCUGCAGCUUACCAAAGCUUGAGGUUUUCCAUGCAAUUAAUAUGUCAAAUGAAUUUGAAGAAAACUUUCAUAGCAACCGAGGACAACGUGCUCAAUGGAUAAUAGAGCAGGUGCCAUUUGUAAGUAUUGUCGAUCGAUUUUGGCGUGAAGAAAACUCCAACUUCUAAAUCAUAGGCCCUGGGAUUUAAGUUUCACGGACUUGUAAUUCUCCAUGUGGACUUUGACAACAACAGCGUUGAAUCAUCGUGAAAACUGCCUUGGAUGUAUUAUGUUUCUUUAGCAAUCUUAGUUUAUUUAGCAAAGUGAUGUUAAACUUCUGAAUAAAGGAGUGAUUUACCACAUUUGGCUUUUUUAUCAGUUGCUUCUUAUUAUGGUUGCACCAUGUUAUGAGAAUUUCUCUUUCAAGGAUUGUAAGACCUUUGUCAUUGUAAUCAGUUUUCUGUUUCAGAAUAAGGAGAAAAACUAAUUCUGCAUAACUUUGCUUUU